AUGGUCAGAAUAAUCAUUAAAGGAGGUGUAUGGAAGAACACCGAAGAUGAAGUCCUAAAGGCUGCUAUCGCCAAGUACGGCAAGAACCAAUGGGCGCGUAUUUCUUCCCUUCUUGUCCGCAAAACGCCCAAGCAAUGCAAGGCGCGGUGGUACGAAUGGCUGGACCCGUCCAUUAAGAAGACCGAGUGGUCCAAAACAGAAGAUGAGAAACUCCUUCAUCUAGCAAAGCUCAUGCCCACGCAAUGGCGCACCAUUGCACCCAUUGUCGGUCGAACCGCAACUCAGUGUUUGGAACGGUACCAGAAGUUGUUGGACGAGGCAGAGGCGAAGGAUAAUGAAGAGCUGGGGCUGACGGGUCCGGACGAUGCUGGGAAGAGUAUAGAGGACAUUAGGAGGUUGAGGCCGGGAGAAAUCGACCCUGACCCCGAGACGAAGCCUGCGAGGCCCGACCCGAUAGACAUGGACGAGGAUGAAAAGGAGAUGUUGUCGGAAGCUCGUGCACGUUUGGCCAACACCCAGGGUAAGAAGGCAAAACGGAAAGCGAGAGAGAGGCAGUUGGAGGAGGCGCGUCGGUUGGCUGUUUUGCAGAAGAAGCGUGAGCUCAAGGCUGCUGGUAUCAUUAUGCGGUCCAAGACCAAGAAGAAGGGCAUGGACUACAAUGCAGAUAUCCCAUUCGAGAAAAAGCCCGCUCCUGGCUUUUACGAUACCUCAGAAGAACAAGCCAAGGUCGCAGCCGCCCCCGUUGGCCAGUCCCUUCGCCGUCUGGAAAACAAGCGCAAACCGGAAGAAGAGGAACUUGAGAGAAAGAAGAGGCAGAGGAGGAACGAGAAGGAGGGUGGAGGCCAAACCAAAUUCGUCCCAGCUCGUGAGGCACAGAUCCAGAAGCUUAAGGAAGCCGAAUCUAUUGGUCGAAGAAGAAAACUCGUCCUUCCGGGCGCUCAAGUCGGAGAAACCGAGUUGGAGGAGAUUGUCAAGAUUGGCCAGGCUGGAGAAAACGCUAAGGCAUUGGUUGGCGGCGGAAGUGACGCCAGUGGCAAGCUAUUGAGCGACUAUGAUGGGUUGGACGCUGCUCGAAGUGCUAGAACACCGCGAACUGCCCCUCAACAGGAUACCGUACUCAUGGAAGCUCGCAAUCUCCGCAACAUGACGAUCGCCCAAACACCCCUGCUUGGCGAUGAGAAUACCCCCUUGCAUAUCGCGCCCGGCGGUGGUACCGGCUUUGAAGGUGCUACGCCUCGCCACCAAGUCGCGUUCACUCCCAACCCCCUUGCAACACCCUACCGUACUGAAGGUGGUGGUGAUGUUGGUGCGACACCUCGCGGCGUCGUGGGGGCAACCCCUCUCCGCACGCCUCUCCGCGACAACCUGGCAAUUAACCCUGCAGACCAAGGCUCGCAAAUGAACGCCGCGAAACGAGCCCUGCGAGCCGGUUUCUCGAGCCUUCCCAAACCCGAAAACAACUUUGAACUUUUGGUCCCCGAUGACGAAGAGGUGGAGCCAGAAGCUGGUGCUGCAGUCAGAGAAGAGGACGCCGCGGAGCGUGAUGCUCGACUGAAACGGAUGCGUGAAGAAGAAGAGAGGAAAGCCCUCGCCCGCCGAUCUCAAGUUUUGCAGCAAGGCCUACCUCGACCGGCCAACGUGGACCCUGCCGCGCUGCUUCAACGACUCUCGUUGGAUGACGAGGGCAUGGAGCGGGAAGCUGCUCAAUUGAUUUAUGCGGAGAUGGUUGAUCUUAUGAAGCACGAUGCAAUCACGAACCCGCUGCCUGGUACGAUGACUCCUGGAAGCGCGCAGUCGACAUAUGUGAUCCCUCCGGAUGAAGACCUCGCAAAGGCGAAGGAUGUGAUUCAUAAAGAGUUGGCAGGGAUGGUUGGGUUUCCGAACGCCAACCCGGCGCAGGUGCAUGAAGGAUUGGUCGCAGUUGCGAGGAAUGAGAUCGGAGAUGGGGGAGAGGAUGGGUCGUGGGCCUCGAUUCGUGCUGGAUUAGUCCUCCACCCCAAGCUUAGGACGCUGGUGAAACCAGAGACCCUGAGCCUUGAGGAGCGCGUGGAGGGAUAUGGGUUGUUGCUAAAUGACUACCGGGAGGCAAUGACCAAGUUGGCAACGAGAGCUGCGAAGACGGAGAAGAAGCUUGGUGUUGUGCUUGGUGGAUAUCAAGCGCGGGGACGGGCGCUUGCGAAGAGGUUGGUUGAUGCGUUUGCUGAGAUUCAGCAGACGACUGUGGAUUUGAGGAGUUUCGAGCGGUUGAGGGCGAAUGAGGCUGUUGCUGGGCCGCAGAGGGUGGUGUUGUUGAAGGAGGAGGUGGACAAGUUGGAGGGGAGGGAGAGGGCAUUGCAGAUGCGGUAUGCAGAGUUGGAUCGGGAGAGGAAGGAGGCGGAGGAGAGGGUCGCGGUGUUGGAGGACAAGGUGAUGGCUGCAGCCGAGGCGUUCAACGAGGCCCAGCUUGCUGCCAUGGAGGAGGACUCGUAG